AUAAUCGUCUCGUGUGAGUCUGCAGAGCUUUCUUCACUGCGGACACCUCGUUCAGCGCUAGCUGCACUACUUGCUCUACGUCAUGUAUUGAUCUAAGUACUAAAACUGCUCCUUUCUCAUAGUGCAUACAGCGUCCUCUUUGUCCGUUAUGUGGUGUGUUAAUGAUCGGUGAGACCUUCGCGUUCUAGUGAUUUUCGUCAUCAUCGCCCUUUGUAGUUAGGAAGUCGUUGCAUUCAUGGUAGACCGGUGUCUAACAAGGUGAAUCCUAUGGGGAGUUCUUACUUUUGCUGAAUUUCAACACUGCAGUGAAGCUCCAUCACUAUCAGGUUCGUCUGUUGAGAGCCUUAGGCUCCCUCUGUGUCUACCAUAGCUCACCUGUGGCAAACUCUUCCUGGUAGACUUUCUUACCUUCCGUGUCUGUGCUAGAUUUGGUGUCUAUCUAGGAAACAACACUAGGAUAGUAUUCUGAAAGUAGACCAGAUAUCGUGAUGGAAACUGAAAGCCGCCCUUGAAGGUAGGAAGAUAACUUGUGUAGCCGCUGAAAAAAAUCGAGAGAUUUGAAAAAAUUGAUAAUGCAGAGGAGUUCCCAUUUGUGGAAGUGAAGUAGAUCUAUGGAUCAGAGAUUUUUUUCCACAAUCCGUUGUCAAGAACUGUAAAGGCGGAGUGUAAUCAAGUCUAGUAGAGUGAGUAAGAAGCUCUGAUCUCACGAAUAUAUAUAUAUAUAUAUAUAUAUAUAUGUAUAUAUGCAUAAGUUUCCCUCGAAAGAGCUCCUGCAUGCAAAUUGCUGAAACGAAGCCAUCCAAGAUUACAGACUGCAUCCAGAAGUAGCUGCAAUGCUGAGAGUGCUACCCUAACGGCCAAAGAUCUGAGAUCCUCACGCGAACCACAAAUCAUACUGUCUGUCGAUUCGCCAGGAAAUUCCUCAGCAAGCGUAGUCAGUACGGGACACAGGAAGUUCUCUAGUGACAGGUUAAUUUUUUUGAUCAUAGUGGCUGAUAGUUCUUAAACUACUCCAGCGGGUGCUUGAGAAACAGGAAACAAUGGCACCGCGUGUGGCAGUGGAGACUCAACAGGGGUUGCAAAUACAGUCCAUGGGUGUGAGCAAGGAUUCGCAUGACAUUGAGAAACCAGCUUUUUGCGGGAGAGUUCUUGCUCCGAUCAGACGCGACAUGCAGCCUACCGUGCAAGCUCCAGCCAUUCGAGUGAUCCACAUUUUUUCUCCCAAGAUAAUCCAAACAGACGUUGCCAACUUCAGGUCAACGGUUCAGAAAUUGACGGGGAAGUCACGUAAGAAAUCCGGACUAAGAGCUCGAAACAAAACAGCAUGCGAUACAAUUGGUACGAACGGGGACAUACAGGUGGCAGGUUAUCCCUUAGGUCAAGUUUCUGAGAGCUUCACCGGCCCACUUAGUGACCAUGUAGUACUGCAGAGACUUGCUUGCGGUGGCGAUCCUCUUGUGCGAAGAGCUAAUGUGGACUCCACAACACAUAGCUUUAACAACAACAGCACCACGGGCAGCAACGUCGACACAAGUGACUUAUCAAGCCCCUCUAACAGUUUCACCUUCCCCUUUCCACAACGCGAGACACCAUAUUCCUUGAGUGAGAUCCCCGCGCCUUUCUUUGGGUCAGACAUCAGCCACGCCUGCUCGUACUCUCCCUCUCCCACACAUUCGCACUCGCACCCUGCAGUCGGCGCCGCAUCGGUCCCCGAAAGCAAUGCAAUACAUAUGCCGUCAGCGAUGGACAACAUGAUGUCGACAAUGCUAGGCUUCGACGUAGAGAUUGGGUCUGACCCGCUGCCAUUUUCCGAUCACCCCUUUGGAUCUCUAACAAGCUCCUCGCCGGGAGGGUUGUAUGACAUCAUGCCCCAGAAUUGCAGAUCCAGUGUACAACGAUCUCUGCAGGGCUCCUUCUUCGAGUCUAUUUGAUCAAUUCCCGACAACUGCAGGAUGGCAACCCAAUUUUGGUACAGAUUUAACCGAAGACGUCACCGACAAUGCGUCAUUCACGUCGAGAAACUGCAGAUAAUGAUCGACCAAGUUCUGCGUCAACUCGUCAUUUUAACCAGCAUAUUUCGCACGAUCGGGAUCGACUGGUGGCUUUUGUGUAAUUCCAUCUACAACUUUAUAUAUACACUUGUACCAUGCAUAGAUAGCAUCGAGAGUUAGGUAUAUUUUUUUCAGUUCCUUGCAAGCCAUCAUCUCGCAGCUGCUAUUAUUUCUUCCUCGUCGUAGCAACUGUACAGAUUCGCCGAAGGACCGCACAACGUCGAUGUAUCAGGUUGGGUGGUUACAUGUAUCCCUAUUGUCAAGCUUGUCGAAGUGGGUCAUCGCCGGGAUUCUAGAUCUGAGAUGGCUUAAAAACUAAGCAGACUCAGUGUUCCCAGUUCAUUAGUUAUGUUGCAACGUCGGUAACAGCGAUCAUUCAUAUUUGUGGAAAAAACUCGGAUCAUGUUUGGAAUGAGGACCCUCCCAGUUUCCUAAGUAGAAGUUUACAUUGCUCUGCUUUUUACAAAAAAAUUAAAUUUAUAUUAUGUUUAGGUC